ACUGCCUGCAACUUCUAACACAUUUGAGGACUGAUCACCGACUGCGCGUUGGAUUUGUAUUAAUGGAAACAUGUUUGUGUCAGCUGCAAUUGUCAUCACCUUUGUGUGUUCCUGUUCAUUCCGCCCUGUUUUUGGACAGGACUGUCCUGGUAGGCAGGAAAUACAGGGGUCUCUGAAGCAGGUCCAGAAGCUUCUCUCAGCCCAUGAAGCCUCCUACUUACAGAGUCUACGCAACCUGAAGAAGAAAAUAAACUUAUUGCAGAGCAACGCGGGGAAGCAGACAACAAAAGCCAUCAACAUUACCUGCACCAAACUGGAUGCGCCCAUCAAUGGCCGGAAACUUGGCAAGUCAAAUAGCGUGAGCCAUGAGAUUCACUUUCUGUGUGACCCUGGCUAUGAACUGGUGGGAUCGGAGAGCAGGGUUUGUCAGGAGAGCCUGACCUGGAGCGGCCAGCAGCCUACCUGCCGAGACAUCAAUGAGUGUGCGUCCUCUCCGUGCCUGAAUGGCGGGACGUGUGUGGAUGAGCUGAACCAGUUCUCUUGUGUCUGUGCCAAAGGCUGGGCCGGAGCUACCUGUCAGAGCCCUGUGCCAACAUUCUUUGUUACCAUGGCAAACACCUCUGCUGCCACCUCUGCAGCUACCACUGCUGCUACCUUGCCAGCUGCCACGACUGGGCCCUUUGUUCGUCCAUCACGUUGCACUAUAGUGCAGGGAUCUACCCACUGCACCUGUGAGCCAGGUUACACCAUCUCUGGCAGGGACAGCAGCACCUGCACUGAUAUAGAUGAAUGUGAGCUGUUCCAUAAUGGCCAGGCUGGGAGACUGUGUUUACAUGCUUGUGUUAACACCCCUGGGGGCUACCGCUGCACCUGUCCUGUUGGAUAUAACGUGACCCGCGAUGGACGCAGCUGUAAAGACAUUGAUGAGUGUGCCACCAGACAAAACAACUGCACAAAGGACCAAAUGUGCAUCAAUACAUAUGGUGGUUUCCAGUGUGUCCGUGUGGACUGCCCUAAAAUCCCUCAUGCCACAUAUGUCAAGACGUCACCUAUGCGUUGCGAACGUAACCCCUGUCCUUUGGACAACAAGGCGUGUUCUCAGGCCCCAAAUUCCUUCUCCUACCAUUACCUGGCUGCUGUGUCCAACCUGUCAGCCCCUCGCGUCAUGUUCAGGGUAUCAGCGUUGCGUCCAAUGGGUGACACGCUUCGCUUCUCCCUGCUGGGGGGAAGGCAAGUUCGGCGCCACUUCACAGUCCAGCGUUCAGACCGUCUGACAGGUCAGCUGAUGCUGGUGAGCCCCGUGCAGGGCCCUGUCACUCUGGAGGCAGAAGUGGAGAUGAGCGAGCUGGAGAGACGCAUCCAGCUGGGGAAGUACAUCACCAAAGUCACCAUGUUUGUGUCCCAGUAUGAGUUCUAGAAACAGAAGGGGGAAUGUGGAAACACUCUUAGAGCACAAAUUCCAAACAAAAGUCUGGUUUUGACUUAGCUAAGGACUAAAGAUAGUUGGUCAUGGAUGUGUGAUAAUCUGAUGUUUUAAGUUGACCGUCUUUCAAGUCACCUGUACUGUCGCUAAAGGAGUUGCGGCUCCCAGGUAUCAAAACUGUAGUAAAGCAAGCAUAAAGUGGUGGCAGAGCACAACUGCAUGCGAUACAUGUUUUAGAGUAUGGGUUCUUCAGGGGCAUUGUUAUAAUAACUAAGGAAAUGCAAAUUUAGUGAUGUAUGUUUGGAUGACUUAAGUAUAAGAACAGGAGUUUUCUAUGGAUUAACUAAAACAUAUUUAUUGCAAAAAGACUGAAAGGAGUGUAGGAGACAUGAAAGGGGAAUGAAAAUAUGUAUCAAACAAUUAACCAGCACUCAGCUGAGGGAUGUUUGUAAAAAGCUGAACCAGAAAAUAUGUAGACCAUCCCCCCUUUCAGAAAGUGCUAUUUUUGUGAAUGACAGUCCGGCUAUGUUGACAUACAUGUUAUAUGGACAUGUAAUCAUGAUGUGUGACGAUUGUGUUAUACUUUUUACUAUCAUGUUUUAUUUAUAUUCUGGUUUCAGUACAAUUUCCAAU